GACAAGAAACAGGUGGUAAGAAAUAAAGCCAUGAGCAGGGAGUGGUUAGUUAAAGAAUAGAGUCCGUUCCAGACCCAAAACCUUAAUAUCUCUGUAUCUAUCUCAAAGUGGAUAUGGUUUUUACAUGGAGUUUGACUUGUCUUUCGGGAGCUCAAUCUCAAAGGGUACUUGCUUGGAAUAGUGUGCAACAACACUACUUUGCCCCUUCAUUACCUCCUUAUCCUUUCAAGCCAUGUUGCUCUUCCUCUUCUCGUAACCAUAAUCAUACUUUUUCUCUCAUUCAAGACUCUGCUGUCAUUGGUUGCCUUCGUGCCAAUAGUGCUGAGCAGGCAAUGGAAGCUGCUCGAGCUGCAGUUAAUGGUGGCAUUGAAGUUCUGGAGAUUGUUAGGUCAACCCCAGGAGUGUUUGAGGUCUUGCAGGCUCUGGUUAAGGAGUAUCCUACUCAGGCCUUUGGUGUUGGGACUGUUUUAAAUGCUGAGGAUGCCAAAACUGCUAUGAAGGCCGGAGCCAAGUUUCUUAUGAGUCCUGCCACAGUGAAGGAUAUUAUGGAUGAUGUUCAAGAUGCUGAUGUUUUAUACAUGCCUGGUGUAAUGACCCCAACAGAAAUAUUCUCUGCGUAUAAUUCUGGUGCCAAGAUUGUCAAGAUCUACCCUGUUUCGGCAUUAGGUGGUACACGAUACAUAUCGGCGAUUAUGAAGCCUUUUCCUCACAUCCCAAUGGUUGCUUCCCAGGGCAUAACUAUAGAUUCAGUAGGAGACUACAUUGCUCAGGGAGCAAUAUCAGUUGUUUUAUCGGAUGCUAUAUUUGAUAAAGAGGCAAUGGGACAAAAUAACUUCAAUGCCAUACAUCAACUUGCCAAAUCUGCUGCUUUGCAGGGCAAAAACGCAGUGGAACGGAAGAGGAAUUGCAGGCUGACUUAUUUGCCUCACUCAUAAGUGACAGCUUUCAUCUAUAUCAUCUAUACCAGACUACUGCUGCACUAGCACCACCAACUAUAUACCUUUGAUAUGUUUAAGCAAGGAAUAUCUUCUGACCACAGAAACAGGUAAAACUAUGUCAUGUAGUCCAUAGGCAGUAUGUUUUCUUUCUGCACCAUUUCUCCCCUUUGCUGAAUUAUUCAUUGAUUUUUUUUGCAUCAGCAUUAUAUUUCAUGCUUUGAUUGUCAUCACCAUUGUUAUCAUCACAAUUAAUCCCAAACUCACUUACCCUUUCUUUGUAUCUGGUUUCUUCUCAUCAAAACCAAGGUUGACUACUUCAUGAUAUACUAGUCUGUUACCUGCAAGGCUGUGAACUCAUUUUGAGUAGUCAAAGCUCAAGAGCAUGAUAAUAAGGAACAAAUAUGCGAUGAUGCAUGGGGUACCUGCUUUCACUCUCAGCUAAACAUAUAUGGAGGAAUUUACCAACAAUGCAACUCAUGUUACCCAAUUUAUGUACAGUUGGCUGAGUUGUAACAUCUUCAACCUUCUUCUUCAUAAAGGAAAGGCAAUUACAGUCAGAAAAAUUCAAUAUACUUUGCUUUAAUUACUGUUAGAUAGUUCUUUGUACUUCUUUUCCAUCCAUCAAAACUACAAGGAAAGAAGGAGCCUUUGUUCUUUUGAAAAUGAAAAACAGAUCAGCUCACUAAAAUGGAAAGAACUACUAUAUUUUUAAUUA